AUGGACGCCCUUUUGAUGCUUCUUUGUUCUUACCGGUCCACGAAUGUCGCAUAUAAUCUGCAAUCGUCAAACACAUUUGCUGAGGUUGUCGAUUAUGUUUGUUCGAAGUUUUCCGGACUCCUGCCGGGAAAUUUCGAGUUGUUCUAUAAGAUUCGCGGCUAUAACAAUUUCUCCUUACAGAAUGAUGUCGACCUGAAGAAUAUGGUUUGCCUUACGCGCUCGUUCCAGUUGCAGUUAAUUGACGUGGUCAUUGAACAACAUCCUCGUCGGGAUGACAACACUCCUGCCAUUGACCCAAUGAUAAUCCAAGAUCAAGGCACAACGGGGGAUGCACUACUUAAUGAUUUCGGAAUGGAUGAUGAAGUCGACCUGCUGCAAUCAUUUUGUCCCCACAAGGAGAAAGUCUUCCUUUCCGCUCCAUGGGCAAAAGGUUUUACCCACAUUGGACAACAUUUCGAAGGUGGGGCUUCUGAAUUUCGCAAUGUACUACGGAAAUACGUCGUUGAAUGUGGGUUCCAGAUCAAAUUUCUGAAGAACGACUCCGUUCGGGUAACGGCUAUAUGUGCUAUGAACGAAUCGAAGUCUUGCACGUGGUCUGUGCACGGACGGAAAUUGGAGGCAAACAGAUUUUUCUACUUACGAAAAUGGAAUAGUGAACACAUUUGUGGCGUGGCUGUGCGUAUGUCCACACACCCACUUGUUGGGUCUGAUCUUGUGGCCGACAUUGUAUCUGAACGUGUGCGUGAUAGACCUUUAACCCGUCCGACUGAAGUGAUAUUGGACUUGAAACAAGAUUACGGGCUUGAUAUAAGUUACCGGGUGGCCUGGCUCGGUGUUGAAAAAGCGAGGGGAGAAUUGUUCGGUUUGUUCCCGCUAUCAUAUGCGGUGGUGGAUUCCGAAAACACCUCAUACUGGUCUUGGUUUCUUCAUCAUCUCGCGCAGGUGGUUCAUGGUGACAGACCUCUAACAUUCGUAUCGGAUCGGAACCUUGGUUUGCUUGAGGUAAUGCCCACCGUAUUUCCGAAUGCAGAAUAUGCAUUCUGUCUACAACAUUUGCAGAGGAACUUAAGGGACAGGUUGCGUUACACAAACAGUAUGCAUCGGGCAGGUUUGGUUAGCAAAUUACGACAUUGUACACAUGCACCAAUUGUUACCGCUUUUAACCACAGAGUAGAACAAUUCCAAAAAUCAGGCCGGUCUGUUGCAUCUGAAUUCCUAGCAAAUGCACAUCCACAACAUUGGGCAAAUGUAUUUUUCAGGGGGCGCCGUUAUGGCGAAAUAUGCUCAAAUGCUGCAGAAUCAUUCAACUCAUGGGUCUGUGAGGCCCGUAACCUCCCAAUCACAAGAAUGGUUGACAGCAUACAGACCAAAUUGAUGCGACAAAUGGCGAAACGUAGAGACGCUUCCCAAAUGUGGACCGGCACCAUAUGUCCCAAAAUAGAAGAUCGUUUAGAAAAAGCAUUCAACGAAGGUAGAUCAUGGAAAGUGAGCCAAUCAAACGCUGAUGUGUAUGAAGUGCACUCUUUCUUGACAUCGGACGACGAACUUGCUCAUGUUUCAAGUGGCAACUCAAUGGGUUCCCUUACGCACAUGCGAUGGUUGUCGUCCGUAAGAGUGGGCGGGAUUUGA